AUGGAUCAAAUUACAUUUUUAAUAAUUUUAAUUUUAAACAUAUGCCAGUCUUAUAGUGGAUUGUCAAGACCCAAUAUUUUGAUUAUUGUGGUAGAUGAUCUCAGACCUACACUUGGUUGCUAUGGAAGUGAACAUCUGAUUACACCAAACAUUGACAACCUUGCAAGCAGAUCAGUUGUUUUUAAUAAAGCAUAUGUGCAGCAAGCCUUGUGUGGACCGAGUCGGACAUCCUUCUUGACAAGUCGUCGUCCUGACACUACCCGUCUCUAUGACUUUUAUUCCUACUGGAGAAAUGCUGCGGGAAACUUCACCACUCUUCCACAACACUUCAAAGAGAAUGGUUAUGUGGCGCAGUCAGUUGGCAAAGUCUUCCAUCCAGGUAUUGCGUCCAACUACACUGAUGACUAUCCCUACAGUUGGUCAUUCCCGGCCUAUCACCCACCCACAGAGCAAUAUAAGAUGGCCAAGGUUUGUCCAGACCCUGAUGGCAAGAAGUAUAUGAAUCUAGUCUGUCCGGUCAGUGUUUCUGAACAGCCAGGAGGAAGUUUGCCGGACAUACAGAUUACUCAGUUUGCCACACACUUCCUGAAAACAAUGUCAUCCAAUCGCAGCAGUCCUUUCUUUUUGGCUGUUGGCUAUCACAAACCUCAUAUUCCAUUGAAGUAUCCAAAAGAAUUUAUUGAUUUGUAUCCCCUGGAUGAAAUUAGUUUGGCUCGGCAUCACACCUACCCACUUGACCUGCCUCUUGUUGCUUGGAAUCCGUGGACUGAUCUUCGGCGACGCCAUGAUGUUGAGCAACUCAAUCUGACGUUUCCUUUUGGUCCAGUCACUGACAAGUUUCAACUGCUAAUUCGCCAGAGUUACUAUGCAGCAACCAGCUACAUGGAUAGUCAAGUCGGACUACUUUUAUCAGCACUGGAGAAAAACGGGUUUGCCAACAAUACUAUAGUGAUGUUUGUUGGAGACCAUGGUUGGUCCUUGGGAGAGCAUCAAGAAUGGUCUAAAUAUAGCAACUUCGAGGUCGCUGUGCGUGUUCCUCUAAUGUUUUACGUACCAGGUUUAACGUCACUAUACGCUGAUGACCUCUUUAAAUAUACCAAUCCGCUUUAUUCGAAGAGAAAUAAGUUACAAACAAGAAGAAGUGAUUCACUCGGUCAAGAAUUAUAUUCCUUAUGGUUCCAUCAAAAUAUUUCCAGUCUGAAGGAAGAAUAUAAAGACUUAUCAUAUCCGACGUCCAAAGAAGAACUGUCAAAGUUACAGUAUACUGAACAGUUUUCCAAGAGUAACAAACGAAAGAUCGUAACUAAAACUGGAGGCACACUAUUUUCUGAAGCCCUGGUUGAACUUGUUGAUAUAUUUUCAACAUUGUCUGAGCUCGCCGGACUAAAAGUCCCUCCCACCUGUCCAGUGGAUUCGCACAAAGUUCUCUUGUGUUCCGAAGGCACCAGUCUCGUACCAGUGCUCAAGAACAUUUCUGCACCUUACAGAGCAGACUCAUUUCACUGGAAGAAAGAGUCACUUCACUGGAAGAACGCAGUGUUCAGUCAGUAUCCUCGUCCAUCAGUAGAACCUAAAGCAAACAGCGAUAAACCACACUUGAAAGAUAUACGCAUCAUGGGUUAUUCCAUGAGGACUGACCAGUACAGAUACACUGAGUGGGUAGGCUUCGACCCCUCUGUGUUUCGGAUGGACUGGUCUAAACUGUUUGGGGUGGAAUUAUAUUUACAUGACAGUGAUCCUGCAGAAAUCAAUAAUGUAGCAUAUUUACCACGGUUUUCAGAACUAAGAAGUUUCCUGUCUGCAGGUUUACGUAAAGGAUGGAGACAUGCUUUACCAACUUGAAGCUGGUUGAAGGAAAGGAAUGUUUGUUUCCUGAGAACUAUUGAUGUUCCUAUUAAUCGAGUGGUUUGGCAUUGCUAGCUUGAGGGCAGGACAUAGCCCAGUGGUAAAGCGUCUGCCUGAUGCGUGGUCGGUCUAGGAUCGAUCCCAGUCAGUGGGCCAAUUGGGUUAUUUCUCAUUCUAGCGAGUACACAACUGGAAUACCAAAGGUUGUGGCAUGUGCUAUCCUGUCUGUGGGAUUGUGCAUAUAAAAGAUCCUAUGUCUGUAAUAAAGCUCAACCAAUUA